CGAACGAACCGCUUUAAUUGCAAUUAUAAAUUGAAUGCUUGAUUCUCGCUCUUUCCCACUCGCCCCCUCCUUCAUUCUCUUAGUGCUUGCAUGCGGUCAGCUGGGAGGAAGUUCUGGCCCCGGCGCUGCUGGUGGUGGCACAGCGGCAGCGGUGGUGGUGGGUGUGGGUGUGGGCCUGUGGGAUGUGGCCGUUGUGGAAGUGCGUGCUCGCGCAAAGCUAAUGCUUAGAGUCUAUUAUGUAUCCGGCAAGUGCUGACGCGUUCUGACAUCGCCACCGGACAAUCUCUAAACUCUGCGAAGUCGAAUCAUCCAAAAUGUGUUACGUUAUCAUCACAAGCGGCAGUCUAGUCUGGUUCCUCUGCACCCUGGUUGCUGACAUGCUCAUAGCGGCGGCACUGGUCACGCCCAGGUGGCUGAUUGGUCCCGUCCAGCCCGUGGAUGAGCUCUCCUCCGUUUCCAGCCAGCGUCAGUCCUCCGUGGGCAUCUACACCCGCUGUAAGGUGAUUUACCAGGUGGGCUACCACUGCGGACGUGUCGACCUAGAUGGACUGGCCACAGACAGCAGCGUCUAUCCCAGCGAGUGGAAGGCGGCCAUGUUCUUCAUUUCACUGGGAUUCGCCCUGCUCUCGGUCGCGGUUCAACUCACUUUGCUCACCUGCUGCCGUCAGUCGGCAUUCGGCAAGAGUAUCCACAACAUGACCGCCUGCGCUCAGGUGGUGUCAGGAAUCAGUGUUAUGUUUGCCCUCUUCCUCCAUCCCCUGGGCUGGCGGGCCACUCGCGUCCAGCGGCUGUGUGGUCCGGAGGCAGAACCUUUUUAUCCAGCCGACUGCAGUAUAGGAAUCUCAAUUUACAGCGGCGUUAUCGGCAUACUCCUCACAUUCGCUGCCGCUGGCAUCAGCUUAAAGGCGGAGUCCUCCAACAUGCGCACGCGCGUUCGUCGACGCGUCGAAGAGGGCAGCAAGCUGGUCUGCAUUCCAUAGCUGUAGCUUCCCCAGAAAACUGAGAACUUUCAUUAAGCGGGAAUACUUAACAUCAUUUUCGAAUUUACUGUAACUUUUCUAGCAUAAAUAAACCUCUAACAUUUCUACAAUAUA